AUGUUGGUCAAUCUAGGUUUCACCGCUGACGCUGCAGCCACACAUAGACACGAAUUCUCCAAGCACCAGGGUGAACGGGCCACUACUCCUACCCUUACCCGGGUUUCCAACUCUCUAUUAUCUCUUGGAUUUAUGUCGUCGAGCAGGCGUACUGUAGUCUCCUCUCCGAGCAGUGAAUCCGCGGAAGAGCCAACGCCUGAGGCGGGAGUCGCAUCUCCCGUCUCAAGCCAACUGUCUAGCUCCAGAGACUCGUUCGAGGAACAACGUACUCUGGACGAUGUGCAGCUAGGUAGCCUCCGAAAGGCGUCCUGCGACACUCCCAUAAGCCCCAGCCGGAGAUGUCCCCGCUCUAAAACCUCAUUUCGAUUUGCACACCCACCACCAUCAGCCCAUAAACGGUUGAGAAUUAAACCACGCCUGCUGCUUCAAGUACAGCACGUAUCAAAAUCAUCACGCCCUAUUUCUGCCUUAGACGUAAUUCCGUCGUCUUCCUUUGGCAUUCGAUCCUCGAGAAAAGUAUCUAACCCAUGCCGUGGAAAUGAGCGCAUCGGCCCAAACGACCUAGUUGUCAUUCAUAGUGAUGCAUAUGGGCCAUUGGCAGAGGAAGGCGAGAAGGAAAAAACGUCAAUUGACGUACAAAAGGAUUUGGUGGCAGUUUUAAGGCAACCUAGAAAGGAAGAAUCUGUAGUAAAUGGCGUGGUUGACGUGUGCGUUGGUCAAGAAGGAAUCUGGGAGGUGACAUCCCAUUCUCGCAACGCAUAUGAAUUUGCACACACGGACGAAAAUGGGUUACGGAAAUCCGUUCGCUGGGUGCUACGCGGCAAGGAAAACCGCGACUCUAUUGGCUCAAUUUCUGGUUCAGAACAGCACAGUAAACGAUUCACGUUUAGCGUAAUCGAUCCAACAAGUCGUCGACAUCCAAUUAUUGCUUGGAUGACAAAAAACGGCAUUGAUGUGCUGGACAGGUACUCCCCAACGUCUGUGUCGAUGCAUAGCCGUUCAGCAAGCGUGGUGUCACCCGCUUUCAGCGCUCCAGGCGACGUACCGGCAAGCACACUACCGGACUACAAUACGGUAGAAACUGAUGAUCAGCUGCGGAACAUUAUUGUGGUAACAGGAAUAUGGGUUGCUCUGCGAGAAGGGUGGUCUACACACUCCCCCCCUUCAGAAGUAAAACAGACCAUGAAUCGAUCUCUCACCACAAACACACCGUCGACUCAGCAACGACUGCGUGUAUCCCAGUUCGACGGAAACAGCAGUGGAAGCAGCUCACCUGUACAAGGUGCCUUGCAACGGGGUCUCCGGCCCCUAUCGUACCAAGCACACGGGGCGAGGUUGGAGCCCCAAAACGGGCAGUCUUCCUAUGCACCUGAAUCGUGGGAGCAGGUGACAGGGAAUGGUUCCGGCGAAGCUGCGCCUGAAAAAGUCGACACAGGAAAAGCCUCUAAGCGUCGUCACCAUCGUCGUCAGCGACGCUGUCUUCUUUGCAUAGGGCGUAAGAGUCCAGCUCCGUCUGAUACCUCUAGCCAUCGUGCUUCAAUGCCCAGGCGAGGCCAGACCUCCACAAUUCGAAACGCGCCGCUGUCUACAGGGCGACAGAACGGUGGUGUCGAUGCAGAAUGGCCACCGAACGGUGCUCCUGGCGGCUCGCAACGAGCUUCAGAAUCAGUGAGGAGACAACGAUGGCGCAGGCUCGCCUCUUUAAUUAAAUCUGUCGGUACGCGGAGGAGGAAGAGUGGCUCGCUAGAGCAAAUUUGA